CGUUCGUUACUGAGCUCAUGGUGGUGUCCUGUGCUGUGUAGUUGAAUGCAACUGGGUGGACAAAAAGAGAAAAUGAGCACUGGCGGCUCGUGGCUUGGUCGCUUUUGCCCAAUUUGGAUCCUUGAACGACUGACAACUUUGUAGCGACAAGCUCACUUGCUCCCUACACCAUGUCUGCCGAGGAACCACCACCACCAACAUCGACUAAUGGGAAUGGAGCGCCUCUCAAGUUAUCACUCAGUGUCGGUAAAGGAUUAAGCCUAGCCAAAAAAAAGGCUCCACUCAUUAACAAAUCCGCCGCUUCUGCCUUCGGAAACAAUGAGGACGAAGGCGACACCCAAAAGGAUGAACUCAUCGCUGGCUUGGACGACAACAAGAUAGAGAGUCUUGUACCAAAGGAGGAGGCGAAGCCGCUAAUAAUUCCUAAGCUAGAGAACGCCGAUUGGAGGCAACAGGUUUUGGCAAAGAGGAAAAAGACAUAUAUGCCGGAGGGAAGUCUUAGGGAGCCGAUGAAUAUCGUAGAGGAACCUGUCAAAGAGGUGAGAUAUGGUCUCCAGAUCAUAAAGCGCACCAAAGCCGAACAUCAUACGGAAUUAGGCUCAGACGAUGCAAGCACUUCAACAUUCACGGCGAUUACGGAAGUAAAAGAAGACAUCGUGAUGGAACAGAAAGAGGAGACGUUGGAUGAAGCAGCAGCCAGAAAGAUUAUUGAAGCCACAUCUGGAGAAAGAUCAGAGGACGCGCGGAGACUGGUUGUUCACGGACAAGAAAAUAUCGAUGACGUGGAGGCAUUUCAGAAAAAUCUCGAGGAACUUCCCGACGAAUCGACUCUUGAAGACUAUGAAAAAGUGCCUGUGGAAGAAUUUGGCGCUGCCUUAUUGCGUGGCAUGGGAUGGAAUGGUGACAUGAAGGGGUCUGAAGCAAUUGAAUACAAUCGACGACCAGCUUUGCUGGGCUUGGGAGCGAAACCAAAGGAACCAGAGCCAAUCAACAAAAAGUACAUCAAGCCAGGCGAGUCACGAACACCUCAGGCGAUCAAGGUUCCUGAGAGACACACAACAGGACGGUUAGGCACGAGCAACUACAGGGACAAUCGAGACGAUCGGGGUAGUCGUGACAGUAGAGGCAGGGACAGCCGUGAUAGUGGGAAUAGAGACAGUAGAGAUGAUCGUGACCGAGACCAGAGGCGUGAGCACAAAGACAGUCGGAGCAGCCGGGAUGGACGAGACGACAGAAGCCAUAGAAACGGUCGCGACGGUGAAGGAGAGCGGAGGCGCGAUCGUUCAAGCGACAGAUCUGAUAGAGACAGGUCGGGCAAGAACAAAGACGGGGACAGAUAUAGAGAGAGGGACAGGGACAGGGACAGGGACAGGGAUCAUGGCCGAGAAAAGGAUAGGGAUAGAAAUAGAGACAGUCGCGAUCGAAGACGUUGAAUGAAGGUCUUGCGCGACCCCGCGAUUCCGUGACGUGACAGUUCGAAUGGGGCGCUGCCAUCACCUUCCUCUCUUCCUUCUUCCUUCUUCCUUCACUUCCCUCCCUUUCAGUCGUUGUGUUUGCGCGUGUAUGUUGUGUAUGUGCCAUUGCUUGCCAACCCAUCGCCCUG